CAAAAAACACUUCCUUAGUACAUAAUUUCCUUAGUUCAUUACGGAGUAUGAAAUUAAAGGCAAAAGGGUAUUUCUUGAGUGUAGAGUGGGGUGGGUAAAAUUAAGUGGGGGUGAAAAUGAAGUUUAUGAAGCUGGGGUCGAAGCCUGAUGCAUUUCAAUCUGAUGGCAACUUCAUCAGAUACGUGGCAUCCGAGUUGGCACCCGAUGUUAUCGUUAUUGUGGGAGAAGUAAAAUUCUAUCUUCACAAGUUCCCUCUCUUGUCCAAGUCCAACAGAUUGCAAACUCUCAUAUCGAACGAGUCCGACCUAAGUUGCGACACCAUUCAGCUGGAUGAUUUCCCCGGGGGACCGAAGGCCUUUGAGAUAUGCGCGAAAUUCUGUUACGGGAUGACCGUCACGCUCAAUCCCUACAUUGUCGCCGGGGCCCGGUGCGCGGCGGAGUAUCUCGAGAUGACGGAGGAUGUCGAGAGAGGAAACCUCGUCUUCAAGAUUGAGGUUUUCCUCAACUCGAGCAUCCUCCGGAGCUGGAAGGACUCGAUCAUAGUCCUCCAAACCACAAAGUCUCUGCUCCCGUGGUCCGAGGAUCUCCGGCUCGUGGCGCGGUGCGUGGAUUCCCUCGCGUCGAAGAUCUCGGUGGACCCUGCUAAUGUCUUGUGGUCAUACACGUGCAACCGCAGACUUCUCAAAAGUUCAAGCGCAAGCGCUUCUGAGAUCAAGACGGGACCAGUUCCGAUGGACUGGUGGGUGGAGGACAUUUGCGAACUCGAAAUGGAUCUCUACAAACGGGUCAUAACCGCUGUGAGAUCAAAGGGGAAGACGAAGGAGGGGGUGAUCGGGGAGGCGCUCAGAGCUUACACCGCGAGAUGGGUGCCAGAUUCUGCCCAUUCCUCGACGGAAUUCUCCGAAUCUCACAAGAAUCUAAUCGAAACAAUUGCAUCGUUACUACCCCCAUCCGGAGUCGGUUGUUCGUGCAACUUUCUUUUGAGGUUGUUGAAGUUCGCCAUUCUCGUCGAUGCAGAGGAUUCAAUGUAUGAAGUUCUAUUAGAGAGUAUAAGCACAAAGAUCGACGAGGCUUCCGUCGAUGAACUAUUGAUCCUGGCUAGGGUUCCUCAAGCUGCUAUCUACGACGUGGAAUUGGUGAAGGAUCUUGUGCGUCGAUUCGUGUCGGGAGGGAGCGAGAAAGGGCGGGGAGGAUCGUGGAUGAAUUUGGGGAAGCUCAUGGAUGGUUAUCUGAAGGAGGUGGCUCGUGAUCCCGGGUUGAACCUGGACGGUUUCAUUGAAUUGAUUCGUUGCGUUCCUGAAUCUGCUUGGCCGAUUCACGACGGCCUCUAUGAUGCCAUUGAUACAUAUCUCCAGGAGCAUCCUGGCAUAACGAAAGCAGACAAGAAGAAGCUGUGUGGGCAAAUGGACGUCCGGAAGUUAACCACGGAUGCGUCGAUGCACGCCGCUCAGAACGAGCGGCUGCCGCUGAGGACGGUGGUUCAGGUACUGUAUUUUGAGCAGAGCAGGGCGGCUGCCGGAGUUCAACUUCAACAACAGCCGCUUCUAACCAACAGCAGCAGCUGCUGCUCGGACGAUUCGGGCGGUGGCUGUGGCGGCAGGGCGGUCCCUCACCAUCAUCAUCAGCAACAGCAGCUAGUAGUCUGGGAGAAAGAGCCGUUACCCGACACCCGCAAGUUUGAAACGGACUGGACGGGCGUCUCGGACAAGUACCCGCCGGUGGAAGCCGCCGCCCAGCUGUCAAAAAACGCGAGCUGCAAGAACAGAGGGGCGGCGGCGGCGGCGGCUCAGUUGCUGCCAUCGCGGUCGAGGAGAAUCUUUGACAAGAUAUGGGCGGUCCGGAAGGGGGUCGGAAGCGGGGAGAACAGGAGCUCGGAGACGUCGGGCAGCUCGCAGAGCCCGAAUUCGUUGCUUCAAGGCGGAGAAACUAACCAGUCCUCUGAAAGCCAGAAUUCAGUCAACAUGAGAGAUGGGGCUGGACCUAGCACGGGAAAGGAGAAAUCAAAUGGCUAUCAAAAGAUGGACAUUGAUUUUGAAGAUCUUGAAUUUGAUGAAGAGGAAGAUGAAUUUGAUGAGCCACUCGAUGAAGCUGCUUUACAAGAAAUGAAUCUGAGCAAAAAGAAAUUGGGUGAUUUUUGCAAAAAAGUAGGCACCUCAUUUUUUGACAAGUAUGGUCUGAUAAGUCACCAGAUCAAUUCAUACAAUGACUUCAUCAAACAUGGAAUCCAGAAAGUGUUUGACUCCAUUGGAGAUAUUGUAGUUGAGCCUGGAUAUGAUCCCUCAAAGAAGGGUGAUAGUGACUGGAGGUAUGCAUCCAUAAAGUUUGAGAAGCCGACCCUUGCCCCACCAACUUAUUACCUUAGCGAAAAGUUCUCCCAAGAUGGCUGCGACGAAUCUCCGCCAUUGUUGCCCCGACAUGCCCGCCUUCAGUUCAUGACAUAUGCGGCUAGGAUAACAGUUCAGGCUCAUGUUAAGGUGUACACUAAAAGACGAGUCCGAAGUGACAAGUUUAAAACUGGAGUAGACCAGUAUGUUGCAGAUGAUUGCCUGUCAGAGGAUUCUACAACUGUUGGCAUAGGGAGUAUACCCGUGAUGGUCAACUCGGACCUCUGCUGGAUGAGUAAAGCAAACAAGAAGCCAGAUUGUGAAUUUGAUCAUGGUGGAUAUUUUAUCGUCAAAGGGGCGGAAAAGACCUUUAUUGCUCAGGAGCAAAUAUGCUUAAAAAGACUUUGGGUAGCUAACAUUCCAAAUUGGAUGGUUUCAUACCGCCCGGUUGCGAAGAGGAAAAGAGUGUACAUAAAGCUGAUAGAUUCCUCAAAAGUUGAAAAUGUGGCUAGUGGAGGGGAAAAAGUCCUGAAUGUGUAUUUUUCUGUGGUAGAAAUGCCUAUUUGGAUAUUCUUCUUUGCGCUUGGUGUAUCCUCAGAUAAAGAGGUGGUCAACUUGUGUGAUGUAGAUGUGGAGGACACUGAUAUUGUGAAUAUAAUUGUUGCUUCCAUACACGACGCUGAUAAUAAGUAUUCUGUAGAAGACUGCAUAAACAACUUCCUGUUCCCUAAUCUCAACAGCUUCAAGAAGAAAGCGCGCUUUCUUGGCUAUAUGGUGAAAUGCCUCCUUCAGGCUUAUACUGGUCGGAGGAAAGUGGACAACAGAGAUGAUUUUAGAAAUAAGAGGAUGGAACUUGCUAAUGAGCUGCUUGAACGAGAGCUCAGAGUGCACCUUAAACAUGCAGAGAGGCGUAUGACCAAAGCAAUGCAAAGAGAUCUGUAUGGAGAUAGAGAGUUGCAUCCGAUUGAACACUAUUGGGAUGCAUCAAUAGUUACUAAUGGUCUUUCCAGGGCAUUUUCUACUGGAGCAUGGACACAUCCAUACAAGAGAAUGGAGAGGGUAUCUGGUGUGGUGGCAAACCUUAGACGAACUAACCCGUUGCAAAUGACGGCUGAUAUGAGGAAAACACGUCAGCAAGUGUCAUACACUGGCAAAGUUGGUGAUGCUAGAUAUCCGCAUCCAUCACACUGGGGGAAAGUUUGCUUUCUCUCUACCCCAGAUGGAGAAAACUGUGGGCUGGUAAAAAACUUGGCCAGUUUGGGUCUUGUCAGCACAAACAUUGUGGAACCGUUUCUUGAUAAGCUCUUUGGUUGUGGAAUGGAAUCACUAGUGGACGAUACUUCAACAAUACUUCACCGGAAGCACAAAAUAUUUCUUGAUGGAGAUUGGGUAGGAGUAUGCGAAGAUCCUGUAUAUUUUGCCUUGAAACUAAGGCGUAUGCGGCGCAGGGGUGAAGUGCCACUUCAGGUUGAAAUCAAGCGGGAUGAACAGCAAAAGGAAGUCCGUAUAUUUUCUGAUGCUGGGCGAAUUAUGCGACCUCUUCUUGUUGUUGAAAAUCUAAAGAAGGUUCAACUUCUCAAAGAUGGAGAGUCCUUUCAAUCUUUUCUGGACAAUGGGAUUGUCGAACUCAUUGGUGCAGAAGAAGAGGAAGAUUGUAGAACUGCUUGGGGAAUCAACUAUCUCUUGGAGGGAAGCAAGGAGAACCCUCCGGCUAAGUACACACAUUGUGAGCUUGACUUAUCAUUUCUGUUGGGUUUGAGCUGCGGGAUUAUUCCUUUUGCCAACCAUGAUCAUGCAAGGAGGGUUCUAUACCAGUCUGAGAAGCAUAGUCAGCAAGCCAUUGGGUUCUCCACUUUGAACCCAAGCAUUAGAAUAGAUACAAAUACUCAUCAAAUGUAUUAUCCUCAGAGGCCUCUUUUUCGUACCGUGCUGUCUGAUUGCCUUGGAAAGCCCAAAGAUCCCCAUUAUCAUAAAUCAAUGCUUCCACGGCCUGAGUUCUACAAUGGACAAUGUGCAAUCGUGGCAGUCAAUGUUCACCUCGGAUACAACCAAGAGGACUCUUUAGUGAUGAAUCGUUCUUCUUUGGAGCGGGGUAUGUUCAGGUCAGAGCAUAUUAGAAGUUACAAGGCUGAGACUGAAAGUAAGGAAGGCAUGGGGAAAAAAGCAAAAUUUGAAGAUACAGUGGUGUUUGGAAAGACACAAAGUAAAAUAGGACGUGUUGACAGUCUGGACGAUGAUGGGUUUCCAUUCAUCGGUGCAAACCUUCAGAGUGGUGACAUUGUCAUUGGGAAAUAUGCAGAGUCAGGGGCUGAUCAAAGUGUAAAACUGAAGCAUACUGAAAGAGGCAUGGUUCAGAAGGUCAUUCUCUCUACUAAUGAUGAUGGAAAAAAUUUUGCUGUUGUAUCUUUGAGACAGGUUCGUUCUCCUUGCCUUGGAGACAAAUUUUCAAGUAUGCAUGGGCAGAAGGGUGUUCUUGGUUUUCUGGAAUCUCAAGAGAAUUUCCCUUUUACGGUGCAAGGGAUAGUCCCGGACAUAGUUAUAAACCCACAUGCCUUUCCUUCACGUCAAACACCGGGCCAACUUCUUGAAGCAGCCUUGGGAAAGGUCAUUUCCUUAGGAAAGCACAUUGGCCACCGAGCAGAUCUGAAAUAUGCUACGCCAUUCUCCACUCCAUCAGUUGAUGAAAUUACAAGGAACCUUCAUAGUCUUGGGUUCUCAAGAUGGGGAAACGAGAGAGUAUACAAUGGCCGGACAGGCGAAAUGAUCCAGUCCCUAGUUUUCAUGGGCCCAACAUUCUACCAGCGGCUUACCCACAUGGCAGAGGACAAAGUGAAGUUCCGGAACACGGGGCCGGUCCAUCCCCUUACCCGCCAACCCGUGGCUGACCGGAAGCGUUUUGGAGGGAUCAAAUUCGGCGAGAUGGAACGCGAUUGCCUCAUAGCCCAUGGUGCUGCUGCAAACCUCCACGAACGGCUCUUCACGCUCAGCGACUCUUCCCAGAUGCACAUAUGCAGGAAGUGCAAGAACAUGGCGAACGUGAUCCAACGUCCGGUUGUAGGCGGGCGUAAGGUCAGGGGUCCCUAUUGCAGGUUCUGUGAAUCUGUGGAGGACAUUGUGAGGGUGAAUGUGCCCUAUGGGGCAAAGCUUUUGUGUCAGGAGCUCUUCAGUAUGGGUCUGUCGCUGAAAUUUGACACUGAGGUGUGCUGAGAGGGCAAAGCAGCUGUAGGGGUAGUUUUGUAACAAUUCAAGGAAUUGUUGUGGAAGUGUUGUUGUCUUUAAUCUUCUUUU